AUGCUGGGUCUGAUACGACAACAGCUUCAGCUCACAGGCAAGCGGCUAAGGUUACGGCGACGGCAAGUGACGAAGAGACGAAGACGAGUAGUAGUAGCAGCGAAGAAGGUGGACAGAAAAACGGAAAAGAAUGUCGAGAUCCGUCGUGAAGGCGGGGGAGGCGCGAUGAUUCUCCGGAUGAAGACAAUGACACCGAUAGAGGAGUUCGGAGAAUGA